AACAAGCAUGGCAGCUUUCAUAAUUGCAGCAACCAGGUGGAGCUGCAGCUAUGAUCAUUGAAGCCACUAUAAUGGACUUCUUACCAUUACAUUUACACUACAAUGUAUUCCUAUAAAUACCCUCUUUUGUGAGAAUAAAAGGAGACCUUCCUUCAUCAAUUUUCCAUCUUCUUCCUCUUUCUAUUUUCUUACCAUAGCAGUUUUCAUAUCUUCAAGGAGCUUAGCUGUGCCAUCCACCCUCCUAACUGUGAUCACCACCUUGUAUCGCCACCUUAGAGCUGCUUUGGAUCUUUGGGACGUAAUCAAGGGUGUACCCUCAAUCCCCGGAUAGAACGAUCCCUAUUUACCAUAUACUAACGAUGACAUUUUAAAGGGUUAAAUUGCGUGCUGCUUAACAGCGCACCAAUUUUUGGCGCCGUUGCCGGGGAUUGAAAAAUCUCCAUGUAAAUCACACCACUGUUAAGAAAUUGAGGUUGGUAAGGGGUUGUGAAUCAUAACGGAAUAGGAUCAAUGUAUGUCCGGACCAUCUGAACCACCCAAAGUAUCUUCAUUGACUGUCAUUAAGGAAAGACUCGAAAGACUUAAGCAAAGUUCAGAUCUUUUUGACGUCACCACCCAGUUUCGUGAGCUUCAGUUAGAUAGUGAAGGAAACCGAGUGGAGGGUGAAUCAGAAGCAUCCAACACACCAUUUGAUCAACCACCACCACCACCUCAACCAAUGGCUCUCACCAUCAGACAACUUUCCACCUCUGCUAUUCCACCAGGAGGAGUCCCCACUUGUAUAAUCUAUCCUGAUGCAGCUGAGGGGAAAACAGCUAAUUUUGAGUUGAAAUCUGGAUUAAUUCAUCAGCUUCCUACAUUUUAUGGGCUGUCUAUAGAGCUACCUAAUAAGCAUCUCCAAGAAUUCCAGUUCAUUUGCACAAGCAUGAAACCACAAGGAGCUGAUGAGCAAAUUUUAAAAUUGAAGGCCUUUCCAUUUUCAUUGGCUGACAGGGCAAAGCAAUGGCUUUAUGAGUUGCCAACUGGACACAUUACAUCUUGGGAUGACAUGAUGAAAGCGUUUCUAGAGAAGUAUUUCCCCACAUCUCGUAUCAUCACGCUUAGGAAGGAGUUAAGUGGUAUCCAACAAGGACAAGAUGAGUCCUACGCAGAGUACUUUGAAAGGUUCAAGUCUCUCAUCACUCAAUGUCCUCAACAUGGUAUGAAGGCUGAGACCUUGCUCACUUGCUUUUAUGAUGGGCUCACAAACUUGGAGAGAGACAUGCUUGAUGCUGCUUCUGGAGGCUCUUUUGUGGACAAAGAGCCAGCUGAGGGGAUGUCAUUAAUUCAAAAAAGGCCCUUGAAUCAACAACAAUAUGGAAGCUCUAAAUCCACCCGUACACGUGAAAAGGUCAAUGAGGUAAGUACUUUGGUUCAAUUGGAAGAUAAAAUUGAUAAACUUACUUCUCUUGUAUCUCAGGGCAUGAAAGGACAAGUCAUGGCGUGUGGAGUGUGUUCUAUGCAAGGGCAUGUCUCGGAUCAAUGUCCUCAACUCAUGGAUGGAGGCAACUAUGAAGGUGUCAACGCCUUGGGCUUUCAACAAGGGUACCAACGUCCUAGGAAUGAUCCAUUCUCAAACACCUACAACCCUGGAUGGAGGGACCACCCUAACUUCCGUUGGAAGGACAAUGAUAACUUCCAAAGUGCACCUCAAGGCUUCCAACAACGUCCUCAAGGCUUUUAUCAAAAGCCACAAGCUCCUAACCCUACUCCUUUUAAUUCGAAUGCUAAUACUAAUGUUUCUUCUUCUUCUUCUUCUAAUGAUGAAUUGAUCAAGGUACUAACUAAAUCUACUCAAGCUUUGAUUGCAGGUCAAACUCAUCAUGGGAACCAAAUCAACACUAUAUCCACGGAUGUAGCAGAGAUGAAGAAGCAAAUGAGCCAAGUUGUGGAGUUCGUGGGUAAGUUUCAUGAACAAGGUAAGCUUCCAAGUGGAACCAUCCCAAAUCCUCACUUUGAGCAAGCUAAGGCCGUGACUACAAGGAGUGGUAAGACCCUUGUAAAUCCUCCAAAGCCUCCCAAGAAAGUUCCAACGUCAACUUUAGAGGAAGAGGAAGACCCUGCCACGGCUAAGGACCAACUAAAAACGUCUCCACCUUCCCAUGCAAAACCGGAUACUCAAGGUAACGUUUCUAACUCUUUCAAUUCGGUUUUUGCUAAUCCAUCUUAUUCUCCCUUGCCUUUCCCAAGUAGAAUUGCUAAGUCCAAGAAGGAUGAGGCCGAAAAGGCCAUCUUGGAGACCUUCAAGAAAGUGCAAGUGAACAUCCCUCUCCUUGAGGCCAUAAAGCAAAUUCCUAAGUAUGCCAAAUUCUUGAAGGAACUUUGUACCACAAGAAGGCAAACACGUGAGAAAGAGGUGGUGAAGGUAAGUGAGAAUGUCUCAGCCGUGCUUCAACGAAGAAUGCCUGAAAAGUGUAAGGAUCUAGGGUGUUUUUCUAUCCCUUGUGUUAUUGGAACUACUAGAUUCGAAAAUGUCAUGCCUUAUUCUGUUUAUGAAACUCUAGGUCUAGGUGAACUUAAACAUGAUAAUGUUAUUAUUCAAUUGGCUGAUCGAUCUAAUGCAUACCCUAAGGGGUUAGUGGAGGAUGUACUUGUGCAGGUUGAUGAGCUCAUCUUCCCAGCUGAUUUCUAUGUUUUAGAGAUGGAGGAACCCUCUCCUACGUCAACACCACUCUUACUAGGUCGUCCCUUCAUGAGGACGGCUAGGACUAAAAUUGAUGUGUACUCCGGAACCUUGACAAUGGAAUUUGAUGGAGAAGUUGUUGCCUUCAACAUCUUUGAGGCUAUGAGGUAUCCUUUAGUUGAUUUUCAAUCAUGUUUUUCUAUUGAUAUUCUUGAUGAUCUUGCGCAGAAAUUCAUGGAGAGUAUGGAGGAGGAUGCCAUGGCUUCAACCAUUGCAAAUGGCGUUGGUUUCUUGGAUGAUGGUGCCACCAUGCCUCAGGAAGAACUCACGGAUUCAUAUGGGGUCGUGCACCUUGAAAACGUUGCUUCUCUUGAGGCAACGCCCUUUUUGAGUAAGUCAAUCCCUUCUUUGUCAAUUCCCAUUUCUACUAAUAAACCUCUUACUUCAGUGAUUCAGGCGCCUACCUUAGAAUUAAAGCCAUUGCCAAAUCACUUGAAGUAUGCUUACUUGGGAGACAAAGAGACAUUACCUGUGAUCAUAUCUUCAUCUUUGAUGUGUACUCAAGAAGGACAACUAGUGGACAUGCUCAAGAAACAUAAGACUGCUAUUGGUUGGACGUUGGCAGACAUUAAGGGAAUAAGCCCCACCACUUGUGUUCAUAGGAUUUUGCUUGAGGAGGGAGCCAAGCCAACUAGGGAGGCUUAAAGACGUCUCAAUCCACCCAUGAUGGAGGUUGUG